AUGUCCCUGCUUGACAAACUAUCCACCAGCUCACUUAGUGGAAUAGAUAACCUCCGGACACUGGUUCAGGAAGAUGUGCUGCUGGUUGAGGUAGCUUGGGAAGUGGCCAAUAAAGUUGGAGGUAUCUACACCGUGAUUCAAACAAAGGCAAAGCUCACAACAGAUGAAUGGCAUGAGAAUUACGUGCUGAUGGGUCCAUAUUUUGAGCAUAAUGUCAGAACACAGGUGGAGCUGAUGGACCCUCAAAACCCUGCGAUCAAACGGACCAUUGAUUCAAUGAAUUCCAAGGGCUGUAAGGUUUACUUUGGGAGGUGGUUGAUUGAGGGGAAUCCGUGUGUUGUCCUGUUCGAUAUUGGCAUUUCAUCUUGGAACUUGGAGCACUGGAAAGCAGAGCUGUGGGAGUGCUGCUCUAUCGGAGUCCCCUGGUACGACCGAGAAGCCAAUGAUGCCAUUCUCUUCGGUUUCCUCGUCACUUGGUUCCUGGGAGAGUUUGUUUCCCAGUGCGAGGAGCAGUGCCCGUUUAUCGUCACUCACUUCCACGAAUGGCUGGCUGGUAUCGGUCUGAUCAUGUGCAGAUUCCGCAAGAUUCCUGUGGCCACGGUCUUUACAACACAUGCCACGUUGCUGGGGCGGUACCUGUGUGCUGGGAAUGUUGAUUUCUACAACAACCUUCCAUACUUUGAUGUAGACCGUGAGGCAGGUGAGAGGCAGAUUUACCAUCGUUAUUGCAUGGAGCGUGCAGCUGUCCACUGCACUCACGUCUUCACCACAGUGUCGGAGAUCACAGCCGUGGAGGCAGAACAUCUACUCAAGCGCAAACCUCACGUGAUCACUCCAAAUGGACUGAAUUUGAAGAGAUUCUCUGUAAUGCACGAGUUCCAGAAUUUGCAUUCCAGGAGCAAAAUGCGGAUUCAGGAGUUCAUCCGGGGCCAUUUCUAUGGCCAUUUGGAUUUUGACCUGGAUAACACGCUGUAUUUCUUCAUUGCUGGCCGUUACGAGUUCAACAACAAAGGGGCCGAUGUGUUCCUUGAGGCUUUAGCACGACUCAACCAUCUGCUGCAGACUCAUCAAAGUACAGUGACAGUUGUUGCAUUCUUCAUCAUGCCUGCACGGACCAACAACUUCAAUGUGGAGACAUUGAAAGGUCAGGCAGUUCGUAAGCAGUUGUGGGACACGGCAAACAGAGUGAAGGAGAAGUUUGGGAGGAAGAUGUAUGAGUUGCUGCUGGCAGGGGAAUUACCAAAUAUGAGCAGAAUGAUUGACCAGGAAGAUAUCACCAUGAUGAAAAGAGCAUUGUUUUCUACCCAGAGACACUCGCUGCCUCCAGUCUGCACACACAACAUGUUGGAUGAUUCCACUGAUCCCAUCCUGAACACCAUCCGACGUAUCAGCUUGUUCAACCAUCCCAACGACCGGGUAAAGGUGAUCUUCCAUCCGGAGUUCCUGUCUUCCACCAGCCCACUGCUUCCACUCGACUACGAUGAGUUUGUGCGUGGCUGUCAUUUGGGAGUCUUUCCUUCGUACUACGAGCCAUGGGGUUACACGCCAGCGGAAUGCACAGUGAUGGGAAUUCCCAGCGUCUCUACCAACCUCUCCGGUUUCGGAUGCUUCAUGGAGCAACACAUCACAGACCCUUCUGCGUACGGGAUCUACAUUUUGGAUCGCCGCUUUAAGAGCCUGGAUGAGUGCUGCAACCAGCUCACUUCGUUUCUGUACAGCUUCUGUCAACAGUCCCGACACCAGAGAAUCAUUCAGCGAAAUCGAACAGAACGGCUCUCUGAUCUGCUGGACUGGAACUAUCUUGGCCGAUACUAUGAUCACGCCCGGCUUCUGGCUCUUGCCAAAGCCUUUCCCAAUGAAUUCAGCCACGACGCAUCAAGCAUGUCCAGCGUAAGUGGCUACCACUACCCAAGUUUGUCUUCGCUCUCACCGUCCCCAAUCUUGUCCUUCCACUCCACUCCUCACCACAGAACCAGAGAGGAUGAACAAUACACUGAGGAGGGGGAGGCUGAGAAAGAUCGUUUAAGUAUCAAACUGAAGUCUAUCAUGGAUUUACUCCCCGAUCUGAACAGAAGUAUCGGGGAGUCCUUUGAGACAUCAGCCAGUCCCAGCAUCGAUAGUUCCAGAAGGUCCAGCAAAACUGCCAAUCCCAGCACCACUGCCCAUCCCAGCAAUUUGAGCAAUCCCAUCAAUUACAACGGCAUGAGUAAUCCCAAUCCCGCUAAUCCCACCAAUCCCAGUAGUUUGAGUAAUCCCAAUCCCACCAAUCCCAGUGGCACCAGUAAUCCCAAUCCCACUAAUCGCACUAUUCCCGCCAAUCUGAGCGGUUCGAGUAAUCCCAAUCCCAUUAAUCCUACCAACUCCACCAAUCCCAGUGGCUCAAGCAAUCCCAUCAAUCCCAGCGCAUCAAGUAAUCCCAAUCCCACUAAUCCCACCAACCCCACCAAUCCCAGCAGCUCAAGCAGUCCCACCAAUCCCAGUAGUUUGAGCAAUCCCAGUAAACCCACCAAUGAUAGCAGCUCAAGCAAUCCCAGCAAGUCAACCAAGCCCCACAGGAACUAG